AUGGGAACAGCAGGACGCGACAGAAGAGUUCGAAACAACCCCUGUCCAAAGCCUGCUGUUAAAGCCAAGGCGAAAAGUGAGCCUCGAGUUUCCAAAAAGCGCCAGCCAGGAGGCAGAGAUGAAGGUGAAGUUGAUCAGAGUGUUGGUGCUUCUUCAACAGAUGAUUUGACUCUUCAUUUUCAGAACAAGGCGGAGAAAGAACGUGUUCAAGGUUGCAAACGACCUUAUACGCAGCCACGUGAUCGCAGUCCUGGUCAAAAGCGUGGUCGGACAGCAACUUUGACGCGGUCUCCAUUGUCUUCACGCUUUUCAUUGGAUGGUAUUCUGACCAGCGCUCCAGUUGAGCUCACAGAGAUCGGUUUGGAGACAGGAAUCCUCACAAAUGAAAGACAAGAGACAGUUUGCUCUUGUGGAAAACAGAAGUGGAAGAUCGAGGCCAGGAACAACCAUUGCCAGUAUCGUUGCAGCUGUCGCAAGACAGAAAGUGUGGUGGCGCGUGAUCGUGAUAUCUUCUCCCAGAAGCUCCCUCUUCGCUCCCUUUUUGGUGCUUUGUGGCUUUGGUGUUCCCCACUGAAUGUUUCGCCAGAUAAGGGAGGCUUGGUUCUUGGAGUGGACAACCGAGUCAUGCGGGGCUUGUUUGACCAAUUCCGAUCAUGGCUUUCACCAUUGGUGGACCAGCUCAACGACGAGUUGCUGAUCGGAGGGCAAGGCCAGGAUGUAGAAAUGGAUGAGAUCUGUUUCCGAUCCAAAACGUUGGACAACUGUGUGCUCUGGGUGCGCUACUUCGCCAUGGUACGCAGAGGUGGUGGUGGUCCCAUCAGUGUGCAGGAGCUGGCAUCGGUCUUGCGUCGUGAUGAUGGUUCUUUUCGACUUGGCGCUGGUAGUGUUUGCCACACGGAUUCGGCCCGUGCGUACAAGCAGCUGGGCGUCGAGGAUGGCCCCCUUUUCGAUGGCUCCUUCUGCAACGCGAAGGAGCUCAAGGGUCUGAAGCUUGCCCACACCAAUGUCAAGCACAAACCUCCAAAACCGGAGUUUACCAAGCCGUUUGACGUGCCUGUGUGGCAGGGUAUUGAUGACGAUUGGGAGGUCGAGACGCGCAUCGGCGGCACGCAGAAGCUGGAUGGCUUUUUUGCCAGCUUCCGCCGAGACGUGGGGCGGCAGCCCUUCAACACUACUGGACCCACUCCAAAGCAAGCUGAUGCUUUGGAGGAGGGCCUCCAUCAUCGCGUUCGUGCCUUUCAGUGUAAGUUUUGGAUGUCCGGCAGCGACAUGUUUCAAGUCGUCGGCUCACUUCGAAAGAAGGAGCGUGACGACCCUGGGCGUGCUUCUUGGUCAACGCUAGCCGAAUAUUUGAAAGUCGCAGAGCAGUGCGAGCAGCCCAAAAAGCGGCUUGCUCCUGAUGCUGGGGUGGGAUUGUUGGCGGACAGUGAUAGGGAACUGGAUGCCGGCGAAUCCCAGUGCAGUUUGUUGUUCGACGAUGACGAGUGA